GCUCCUCUCUCUACAGUCCGCGUUCACUCAGAGCGAGCCGCGCCACCGCUAACUCACGCGCGGAUUACCGCCAAGUUCGGUUCCGCUCACUCUCCCCGGACCGCAGGGCCACCGAACUAAGCCCGUCCAAGGUUCGGACGGGAAAAUAACGAACAUUUGUGGCGACCGGUCAGUGGAAGAGUGGCGUUCUGACGGGAGCGCGUGCCGUGUCCCGCGGGAGCUCUCUUUUUGGACGGGAGGGUGUCUACGGAACCCGAGCGGCACCGCUGGUUCGGUUCCAUUGGGCCUGGAUAGGAACCGCAGAGAUCCGCGGGUUCCGGCGCGUGCGCUCCCCGGAUGCGAGCUGCGAUGAGGAGCGGAACCGACAGCGGAGAGGAACCACGACGAGGCGGGAAGAGCUAAGCUCCGGUCCGGUCAACGGAACCACCACGCAGUGUCUCUCCUUCCUGAUCUACCUUUCCACCUCCCCCUCCCCUCCCUCCCUCCCUCCCUCCCACUCCUCUGGCAGGCUGCUGGUUGCGGUGAGUCAGUAUCAUGGAGGCAGGCAGCGGGGCUGCCGCAGCGCUGGGACUGCUGGGAGCCGCGUGCAGCCAUGACGUCCUGGACAGGAGCCUGAGACCAGGAUGUCACCUGGAAGACGACGACAUCGUGACUGAACUAGUUCACAUCCAUCCCAGAGAGAGGCCUGACUGGGAGGAGACCAUCAGUGCCAUGGCGAGGAGCGCAGAGAUCCCGGAGAUGAGGGCGGAGCCUCUGAUGCGCUCGAGCAGCAGCAGUACGGCCAGCAUGAAGGUCAAGAAUGUCAAGAAGCUCUCCUUCACAAAGGGACACUUCCCAAAGCUGGCAGAGUGCGCUCACUUCCACUAUGAAAAUGUGGAUUUUGGCACCAUUCAGCUCUCACUGGGAGACGAGCAGUGUGAGGUGACCAGGAAUGGCCACGAGUCCAAAGAGCUGGUGUACCUGGUGCAUAUUUACUGCCAGGGCCGCAGCUGGAUGGUGAAGCGCAGCUAUGAGGAUUUCCGUGUCCUGGACAAGCACUUGCAUCUGUGCAUCUAUGACCGGCGCUUCUCGCAGCUGCCCGAGCUGCCCCGCCUGGAGAGCCUGACCGACCUGCCAGAGGCAGUUUCCCAGAUGCUGCUGGCUUACCUCUCACGCCUCUCGGCCAUCGCUGACAACAAGAUCAACUGUGGGCCGGCCCUCACCUGGAUGGAGGUUGACAAUAAAGGGAAUCACCUGUUGGUUCAUGAGGAGUCUUCCAUCAACGUGCCGGCCAUCGCUGCUGCUCACGUCAUUAAGCGCUACGCGGCUCAGGCCUCAGACGAGCUCUCCUUUGAGGUUGGAGACAUCGUGUCUGUGAUUGACAUGCCCCCCAAGGAGGACACCACUUGGUGGAGGGGCAAACAUGGCUUCCAGGUGGGCUUCUUCCCCAGCGAGUGUGUGGAGGUCAUCAACGACAAAGUGCCACAGUCCAUGACCAACGCCGUUCCAAAAGCAGCGCCCCCCUGCCCGGGCCUGCAGCCUGCUUCCUGGAGCCUCUUCCCCCCCUACCUGGAGAUGGAGAGUGUCAUGCAGGACAGUUCAUGGGUGGCCGAUCCGCUAAACCACUACAACCUGAGUUCAGUAUCUAAAAAACACGGGAAGCUGAUCACCUUCUUGCGCUCCUUCAUGAAGUCCAGGCCCUCCAAGCAGAAGCUGAAGCAGAGGGGCAUCCUCAGGGAGAGGGUGUUCGGCUGCGACCUGGGAGAGCACCUCCUGAACUCGGGACACGAUGUGCCCCAGGUCCUCAAGAGCUGCACGGAGUUCAUCGAGAAGCACGGCGUGGUGGACGGCAUCUACCGCCUGUCUGGGAUCGCCUCGAACAUCCAGAAGCUGCGGCACGAGUUCGACUCGGAGCAGAUCCCCGACCUGACCAAAGACGUGUACAUCCAGGACAUCCACUGUGUGGGCUCCCUGUGUAAGCUGUACUUCAGAGAGCUGCCAAACCCCCUCCUCACCUACCAGCUCUAUGAGAAAUUCUCUGAGGCGGUGUCCGCGGCAACAGACGAGGAGAGGCUCAUCAAAAUCCAUGAUGUCAUCCAGCAGCUCCCCCCCCCUCAUUACAGGACUCUGGAGUUCCUGAUGAGACACCUGUCCCACUUGGCAGCCUUCAGCUACGUCACAAACAUGCACACCAAGAACCUGGCCAUCGUCUGGGCGCCCAACCUACUGAGGUCCAAACAGAUCGAGUCUGCCUGCUUCAGUGGCACGGCCGCCUUCAUGGAGGUCCGGAUCCAGUCUGUGGUGGUGGAGUUCAUCCUCAACCACGUGGAUGUGCUCUUCAGCACAAAGCUCAGCUCCCUGAUCAGAGAAGGCACAGGUCACAACUCUCUGUCCCGGCCCAAGUCGCUGCUGGUGUCGUCUCCCUCCACCAAGCUGCUGAGCCUGGAGGAGGCCCAGGCCAGGACCCAGGCUCAGAUCAACUCCCCCGUCACCGAAGACAGCAAGUACAUCGAGGUGGGGGAGGGUCCCGCUGCCCUGCAGGGCAAGUUUCACACCGUCAUCGAGUUCCCCACGGAGAGGAAAAGGCCUCCUGUCAAAUCCAAGAAGUCUCCUGUGGGGAGCUGGCGCUCCUUCUUCAACCUGGGCAAGUCCUCCUCCAUGUCAAAGCGCAAACUGCAGCGCAACCCCAGUGAGCCCACCGAGCUGAAGGCCAUGGCACUGGCAGGAGGCAGAGGAGACACGGUGACGCUCAGGUCAGCCAAAAGUGAGGAGUCCCUGAGUUCUCUGCACAACGUUGAAGGGGAGUCUAAGGUGUUUCGUCCUCGCCGGCCACGCUCCAGCAGCGACGCCCUGUCAGCGUCCUUUAAUGGCGAGCUGCUGGACAGCCAGCAGCACUACAACUCCUACGAUCACACGGACGCCGCCGAGGACAGCGACGACGGGCCCAUCUGUGUGCCGGCCCUCAUCUCGCCGCCGCGCUCCGCUGGCGAAGACGUGGACCUCAGCCCGCCAGACAUCGGCAUGGCGUCCCUGGACUUUGACCCCAUGUCCUUCCAGUGCAGCGGCCCCGACAGCUCCUUCGCCUUCCCCGCCGACGACUCGCCUGCCGCUGAGGGCCUCCCCACCAAGAGGAGCCCCGGCAGCAUCAGCAGCUCCAACGUGCUGUCUGCGCCCCCCCUCAGCAGCCGCUCUGAAGGGGAGAAGACGGAGAGCAGGAGGCUGACAUCCUCCUUUUCCUACACGGAGAAACCCACACAGGCCGUCUCUCCCAUCAAAUGUUCAAAGGCCCCCAGUUUGACCUCAUUUGCCCUCUCAGUGCCCCCCUCUUCAGAGACGCCUGACAGGGGUCCAGCUGAACCUUCCACGUCUUCACAGCUGUCUGCGCUCAGAGACCCGCCCCCUGUGGCGGGCAGCCUGCUGCUGAAGGGGGCCGAGCCGUCGCUGAGCGAAGCCUUCCAGGUGGAGCUGCAGGCCAAGCUGGCGGCCUUUGAGUCGGCGGACGGCAGAGAUGAGGACGCACCGCCGCCGGCCGCCAGCAGGCAGGAACAGCGAGGAGUCCUACCUCCAGACUCUGCCACGGACCCCCCCUCCUGCUCUCUCAGCCCUGUAGCUCCUCCCCCUCCUAAAAAUCCUGCCCUCAUGUUGUCCCUGGCCUCUGCUGAAUCGACUCAGCUGGUCUGCAGUCGGCCCCGGUCCUCGGAGGCCCCCCCACCCGUGUCCCCUCUGCAGCCACAGGAGGAGUCUGUCCCCCCUCCCAUCAGCACGGCGGCUCCCGCUUCGUUCCACUGCCCCGCUCCAAGUCUUCCAGUCAAACCAGAGAAGCCCAGCAGGCCAGCAGCCGAGCCUCAACGCCAGCCAGAGGCUGAAUUCACCCCCUUGAACCCCCCAGCAGUGUCCACAACAGCCAGCCGGACCUCUCCGGCCAAGACGAGCCCAGAGAGCCAGCAGACCGUCCCAGGACUAGACCUGGAAGCCACUCCCAUCAUCACAGGGUUGGCCCCGCCCAUUCCUGAGGUUAGACCAGAGGAUCCUGCCACCCCCCAAACCCUCCCGAAGUUAACUGAGCCCCCCCCUCAGAAAGCCAAAAAGCCUGCUUUGUCACUGCCUCCGCAGCAGAGCCAAGCUCAAAAGCAGCCCCCCCCACUGACGCACCCCCACCCCCAUGUGCUCCCCCAGCCUCAUCUGUCAAAAGCCAGUGCCAGAAUUGCCCCCACCUCUGCUGACCUUGUUGAAAAGCCCUGGGAGGCCAUCAAGCCCGUGCAGCCGUCCACAGACGCCAUCAAACGGAAGGACCCGCCCCCGGCCCCCCCCAUGCGCACCAUGGACAGUAAGCUGGCGGCUGCCGCUCUCAGUGAGGUUUCCCACCACAGGCUGGAUGAAGGCCCCCCGGCCCCCCACGGGAGCGAAGCUCUGCCCCACUGCCCUCUCUCUCCUCGUAAGUCGUCCACUCACCCCCCAACCUACCUGCACCAUAAGGGAGAGCCCAUCUUCACAGAGUCUGCUGGGGGGGCAUACUACCACCAGAGGGCAGUGCUGAAGGCCCCCCAGCCCGUCCCGUACCAUUACAGACCCGAGAGCGUCACCCCCCACCCCUGCCUGUCCAGGUCCGAGCCUCAGGUCCCCUACAGCACCCGGAUGGAUAACAGGUACAGCACGCUGGGCCCCAGGUCCUACCACCACUCCAUCAAGCUGAGAGGAAACCCCCGGGGGGGGUACGUGUCUCCAGGACCGGGACACCAGGGUUACAGCCACGACAGAACCCAGGGUUACCCCACCAUCCGCAGGGUGCACUCCCUCUACGCCCCCUCCACCAUUCACUCCGUACCCAUCCACAGGACAGAGGUCCCCCCGGACGACGACAUGUUCUUCUACCACCGCCCGGGGUUCUCCUGCCGGCCCUACCCGCAGCCCCACCCACAGUCCUCCCAAACCGACUACCACGUCACUCAGCUGCAGCCGUACUUCGAGAACGGCCGGGUCCAGUAUCGCUACAGUCCGUGCUAUGGUUCCAGCCCUCUGGAGUUCCCCUACUACGACAUAGAUCCCUACGGCACCAUCCGAGUCCGGCACUGCCACGCCUACGGAGGCCGGGAUGGGGGGGCCGCUCCAGGGCGGCCAGGUGGAAAGACCACCGGGUACCACUACCUGUCUAAUUACGUUAUUCCUCCGGGGAAAGAGCAUAGCUUUGUCAGCAGAGACAUCCCCCCCAGUCAUGGGAGCAAAGAAGCCUCCACCUACCAUGCAUGGGAUCCAGAGGAGGCUGAAAGUCUCCGAUUUCACUCCAUCCGCAGAGAGGGGAGGGCCAGACUAAAGGUGAAAGGUCUGGUCCUCUCGCAGUACGACAACGUGGGACAACUGUGCACGCCCGCAGACAUGUCGCCCUACGACAGCACGCAUUUACGGAGUAAAUCUGACCCCGGCAAAGCCGUGCUGGCUGCAGCCGAGAACACAGAGGGCCGCUACGCCAGCAGACACAUGGCGUCCGACCCCGACGUCCUGGUGUACUUCGACACGGACAGGCAUGGCCCCGGCAGCACUGCGGCUGACAAGUCCAACUCGCUGUCCAAGUCGAGCAUCCCAAAGAAAUGCCAGUCCUCUCACUCUGUUCCUGCCUUCCUGAGCCACAGUCUUCCCCACCAGCAGGAGAGCAGUCGGCACGAGGCCCGGGGCGAGGCCCGGGGCGACCGGCUCAGAGGAGACGGCAGGUCCAAAUACCAGCAGGAGUAUCCCAGCAAGAGGAACCUGCAGCCACGUUACGAGGGACCAGAAUCGGACCAGCAGCAGGUCAAAGUAAAGACCGCAGGACACCACGGUACAGACGAGGCGGCUCGCUCCAAAGCGGAGCGGUCCCACGGCCCCCAGGAGGACCAGCGUUACAACCAAACCCAGCCAGACCCGGACAGAGACCACACCCACCCAAAACCCAGCAGUAAACCUGUGCAGUCCCACUAUGACAACCUGGACGAAUUCCACCCUGCACCUCACCCUCAGGCCCCCCCACAGAAACACGCAGGCUCUUUCCCGACCCCGGGGCCCCCAGGGAGCCUCGCCAGCAGAGCGUACUCCACAGCACUGGGACAGGGCGCCUUCAUCCAGGGCGAGCUGGCCAUGCAGAGGCCAGAGGGGGAGGUCCACACCCAGUGAGGAGGGCUCCAGCAGGGGGGGGUGGAGCUCCGACCCAACAGCCUCUGCGGGUCAGCGGACUGUCACAGCACCCAGAGUUUUGCUUCUCUGUAUUUUUGAUGAAUUGUAAAGAAAAUUCUAAGACUUUUGUAAAAAGUACUGAAUGUACCAGAAAUGACUGUGCUAAAGGUUGAACAGCCGCUGAUAAACGUAUAUGAUCUGAGAGGAGCCACACCAAUGUAAACCUUACCUACUAUAUAUACUAAUGUGUAUAUCUGUAUACAAACAGAAUCACUAGUAAAACAAAAUUUUAGUUUUUUGUCAAGGUGAGGUGCUGGUCUGAUCUCUGCAUUUUAGAAAUGCAUGCACUCCGUCUGCAGGAGAUUCUGAAUGUUCCAGCACUACCGGGUGACGGUGGAGAAGCUUGACUCACCUGCAGCCUCUGCUGCAUCUGUAGAGCUUUGGGUUAGUCCGAGUCCACCCUGCUCACCGCCGUCUGCAGCGGCAACCGCGUGCAGGACAGCGACCUCUGGUGGAGCGUCACUGUAUCUGCAGGCUCAUUUGAAGAGCAGGGACCAACUGGUGGCAGUCUUUACCCCACAUGUGGGGUAAAGAUUGGUGGCAUUCCUUGCACAUGGGGGGUAAAGACCGGGAUGUGGAUGCUUCAAAGACGUUUUUUUUUUAUUUUUCCUGUUUUUUGAUCGGUGUUACUUCCAGGAAAUGGACUAACUGAAUAAAGCUGAAUCUGAGUCCUCUCAAACAUCAUGCAGAAGGAGGUGCUGCUGCUGCUGCUGCUUUUUGUGGUGAUGGGGGGGGGGGGGGGGACUCCUUAAUGAGCCUUAAAUUUUGUUCAGUUGUUAACGUCAUGCACAAAUUCAAAGUUUUUCUCAGCAGUUUACUUAGCUUCCACGGUUUCUGUCAUCCAGCAGCUUUGGGGAGGACUAAGACCAUUUGGAGUUUGAACGACACUGAAGGUCCCUCAGGAAAAUGACACCAGUGCUUUUCCAGGUAUUACCUGCCCUGGUCAGUCCACUAAACCUGGAAGUACUGGGCCAGCAGAGAACAGGGCAGGGUAUCUGGAAAACCAUCCUCACAGGUUUCACUCCUGCCUUAAGCCUCAACCUGCUCAGCUGGUGUCCUCGAAUGUGACGAAAAGAGGCAGGGUGCCCGUCAGAUGCAGAGGUGAAGGCAGGAGACUUUGUUCUGUCCUCCGGUCAGACUGUUACUGAUGGCCUCUGCUCCAUCAUCUCAUCCUUCAGAGCAGACUGCAGCUCCAUGCUGACCCUCAGAUGUGCAGCAGAAGGUCCAGAGUGAAGUCCAUCAAAGUUAGAAAACCAAACUGCAGGUCCAGCGGCUGCAGCUUCAGCCUGCUGAAACUCUGCAGGAUCUCCACUCUGGGGAUCUGGAUGAAGUGACGGCCGCCUCAGAAUCCUCAUUUUGAGGAGGUUCUCACUUCUGAAGCAAACUGGCAACUGUGAAUCCUCACCUGUGCUUCAGAUUUUCAGAGAUUUGAAAUGGACAGUGAGCUGACAAAGGCCAGCAGAAUGAAGCAAAGGUCUCCUGGUUCAUUAGUCUGUUCUAACAGAGCGUUGAGGCGUCUGUUGGUCUGACGUCCAGAAGGAACCUCCUGAACAUGAACCCAUGACGUUUUCAUCAUUUGAAGUCAAUUUCAGGUUUGUGUUCAGCUUUACUAGCAAACAUGAGUCCCAUCCCACACAGGAAAAUGUCAUUUCAUGAUCCAUGCUGUAAACGGGAAAAGUGUUUAUUUCAGAGAAAUAUGAAAUUAAAAGAAACAGAUCUUUG